CAAACACCGCUAUUCCAAUCAAACCCUCUCUCAUCAUCAGUUCAUAUUGAGCCAGUGGAUCUUCAUAGCAAGAAGAUUUAAAAUGAAUCAAGCCAAAAGGGUCAGAGAGUCAUCGAUGAAAUCUUUUACUUUAAAUGAUGACGGAUAUGAGCUGCCUGAUGACAUUGACCUAGCGUCAAUGGAUGAGGAUACAACCUUGGCGCAUUUUAGAUGCCCAAUGUGUGGCGAGUUACUGGUGGAUGCUACUAGGGUAACUCCAUGCCGGGAUCUAUUUUGCACAGACUGCAUUCGGAGUUUUCUAUUUGAACUUGGAAAUAAUGCGUGCCCAGGCUGUAUGGUUGAUUUAGGACUCGACCCUGAGGAAUUCCUGAGGACGGGAGAACUCAUUGCUUUUGUUGACCUGAACAGUUUUGAGGAACAGCUCAGUGUUUUUGUUGAGGCCUUAGCGGAAUAUUUUAGAGGCAGAAGGGAGAGGGAUGCCUUGAUUGCCAAAACCAGAGAGAAAAGUGAGAAAAGAUACCGUACAGUUCUUACAAAGCCAAGUUCAGGAAUCUUGACGAAAAAGCGUUUUAUGACUCAGGCAAAGGCAGUAGGAGCCAGUUAUGCAGCUGCGGUAGCCAGCCCUGUAGAUGACAGCGAAUCAGACAGGAUGAAGGUUGAUGAGGAGGCCUCAUCUUGUAAAAGCAAAGAACUCUAGAAUUCUGUAUUUUAUGAGAUACACCAUCUGUAUGUGUUGUACUCCACUCUUCUCUUUUUUUUUCUUUUUUUUUUUUCCUUCUUGUUUUCCGGCCUUUGGUAGUUCAAAAUGUUGUGACAUUUUCUUGGUAUAUGUUGUAACUUUGUACAUCCUGAACAGAAAACCUAGCAACUUCUGGCUAGUCAAAAUUUGUUGUUACUGUUGCCCAUCAAGCGCUCCUAGUUACAUUACAAUUUUACUAGCAUUGAAGGCCACUAUUAUGGGCAGAAGAGUAUAUCAGUUAUUGAUCCGCAGUAAGAGUUUUUCUUUAACUAGCUGUCCAUUCCCAAACAAGUUGACUUUUGUGGUUCUUAGCUGCAAAUUCUGUUCCUACGAGUUUUCAAGGCAUUUGCCGAUUCCCUAAAGAGGUUUUCUGCUUCAUUUCCUAAUUUGAAGCUACAGUCUGCUCAUACCAGAAGCAACCUUCCACAAUGUUUGCAUUUUGAGACAG